GUCACCAUCAAUUUUUUUAGGAUUUUUUAUUUGUUGAUAACAGUUUUCAUACUUUAGAUGAAAUCUUGCAGAGACUGGUAUAUAAAGAAGAAGAUCAGGAUUGAAGGCUAAGCACUCACACCCCUUAUCAGAGUGAGAUCCGAUCAUAUUUUCUUUGUCUCCUACUUUUUAUACUUCAUUUUUUACUGUGUUUGCUUUCUACUUCAAGUUUUUGCUAUCUACUCUUAUGUUUCUAAAUUUGAAAAAAUUAUUUUAGACUUUUAGUCUCUUUGUGGCACGGAAGGCUAACCACAUACUUCCUUCCAAAAUAUCAUAAAGCCAGUACUUGUGUCGUUUUUGUUAUUUGUUGAUAAUAUAUGUGGCUGUUAUUUGCAUCUUUAUGCUAAUAUAUUGAAGGCAAAAUAUAUUGUGCAUUGCAUAUAAUCUUUGGUCUGAUUUUGUUGUUGGUAUGUUUGAUUAAAAGCAUUUCUACAUAUUAUUUAUGGGUCAUAUUUUAUUAUGUCGGAUCAUAAUCGGAACCCUAAAAGAAGAAAAAAUUUGUUUCCUUUUCAUAAGAUCAUCAUCUAGUUUAAUGCCUUCUAACCCUUUUUAUUUAUUUAUUAUUAUUAUUAAGCUUUUAUUUAUGUAUAGAGAUGUAUUUGAAGAUAAUGCUCAUUACGUCUCUCUGACUAGGUAUAUCUUUUUAUAUUUCUUAAUAAAAUUUACUUAUACUGUCAGUUUAGUAUGUAAAUUUUGCGGAUUUUAAAUCUUGAAUCCGCCAAAGCAUAGUAGUAGUAACCAAACUCGUUAACCAAGUUUGUGAUCCCGACUCUGCUGCAAUUUUGAGGCUAAAACUUAUUACACAAAAGAGAGAAAACAUGCCCAUGCCAAAAGCAUCUGGAUUUUUGUUUUUGUGUGUGUUCAUUUAAAAAGGAAAGGCAUAUAGGAAUAUAGUGGAGAUGAAGCUGCUGGACUAGAGAUACCCCACCUCCCCACCUUCAUCAAAUGAAACCAAUUUGCUAAUAAAAUAAAAAUGGUGUGUUCAUAUGCUGUCCACACACAACCUCUGUGUCAGUCAAACCAUUUAUAAUUUGCAAGCUGACCUCAACAUUCCAACAUCUGUAAUUUCCAAUUCCCUCCGAGGUCAUUUCUGUACCAAAACAUUUCUUCUAGUUGCAGAAACAUAAAAAAGGCAUCUUGCCUACUCAAGUCUUUUCAGCAAAAAAACAACACAUUGAAAAUUUGACGCAGCAACAUGUAUUUUACGUUUUAGGAGUUGCAGAGAGGCUUGGAAAAGAAAACGAGAAAGCUUUUUGCUUUGAUGAACAAGAAGCUCAGCUAGCAGCAACAUUCAACUUUGCUGAAUUAAGAAGAACCAGAGACCCCAUUAAUUUCAUGCAAUUGCCUAUAUCCAAUCCCCAUAAACAAAGCAGUUAAUUACACCUUGAACAGGAAGGCCAGAGCAAUUAAUCCAACCACCAUUGAAGAAGCUCCAGACCAGAGAAAGGUGACGAAUCUGAUGACUGAUAAGCACCCAGCUUCCUCCGAACCCAAUUGAAGAUGGUUCUCCACCAAAAGUCUCUGACUUUUAUCAUUAUCAUCACCAUCCUUGUCACUACAACCUCCAUAGCCACCAUAGCCAGAGCUCAAAACUCAAGCUCCUGCAACCCCACAUGCGGAUCGGGAAAAUCAGCCAAGUCGGUUCAGUACCCAUUUGGGUUCUCAAAAGGAUGCGUAAUCCCAUUGAACUGUUCUGACAAAAACGAAAUCAAACUCGGCGAAUUCACAGUCCAAGACGUAACCAGAAGCAGCAUCUUCGUCCACCUCCCUGCAAAAUGUAACAGAAAGUACCAAUCCAUAGCCCCUCUCUUCGGCCUAAACUUCGGCCCAAGCUGGAACAACAGCCUUCUCUUCCAAAACUGCACAUCCCCACUCCCUGGCUGCCAAAUCCCAGCUGAAUUUGUUCAGAAGCGGUUCAAUUUAUCCAGCUGCGAUAAUAUCACCUGUAUGUCACAGCCGCCUAACGGCUCCGAUAUUAUGACAUUUGAGGACUUGAAUCGGACCCGGUGCAAAUACUUGUUCGGGUCGUUUUCGGUUCAGUCGGGUCGGGACUCGCUGCUGUCGCUCGAGUUCGAGACGCUUCAGUUGGGUUGGUGGGUCAACACCAGCCUUGGUGAAUGCCAUUCGAAUGCCAUGUCUACGACGGUGAAGCCCGGUGGGGGGAAGCCGCCUGGGUGCCGAUGCAGCUGCAACGCUGGGUUUGACGGCGACGGGUUCAAACUCGGGUCGGGUUGCCAGCCAGUGAGCCAACCGGUUUCUCAUUGCAAUGCUUCAAAGUACAUGUCUGGUCGUUGUGGGGGAACAACUAGAGUUGCUGUUCUUAUCGGAGGGUUUGUUGCUGGAGCUUUCUUAAUGGCCGGUCUAUUUCUUCUCUGCUACUUUGUUCGACGCCGUUCCACUUGCUUGAGAAACCAGCUGUGUGCAAGGCGCCUUCUAAGUGAAGCUGCAGGCAACUCUAGUGUCCCAUUAUAUCCCUAUAAAGAAAUAGAAAGAGCCACUAAUUGCUUUGCUGAGAAACAAAGGCUGGGCACAGGGGCUUUUGGUAUAGUGUAUGCAGGAAAACUCCACAAUGAUGAGUGGGUUGCCAUAAAAAAGAUUAACCGGCGAGACACCAACAGCAUUGAUCAAGUCAUGAAUGAGAUCAAGCUCCUUUCCUCUGUGAGCCACCCGAAUCUAGUACGCCUCUUAGGUUGCUGCAUAGAGGGGGGUGAACAGAUCCUUGUCUAUGAAUAUAUGCCUAAUGGAACUCUGUCUGAACAUCUGCAAAGAGAGAGGGGCCAAGGACUUCCAUGGACCAUAAGGCUCACGAUCGCUGCCGAAACUGCUAAUGCUAUAGCCUAUCUCCAUUCUGCAAUGAAUCCACCAAUCUAUCAUAGAGACAUCAAAUCCAGCAAUAUACUCCUGGACUACAACUACAAAUCAAAGGUAGCAGAUUUUGGUCUUUCUAGACUUGGGAUGACAGAAUCAUCAUACAUAUCAACGGCACCACAAGGGACUCCGGGCUAUGUAGAUCCUCAAUACCAUCAAAACUUCCACCUUUCUGAUAAAAGUGAUGUUUACAGUUUUGGGGUAGUGUUAGUAGAGAUAAUAACCGCGAUGAAGGUGGUUGAUUUUGCUCGACCUCAAAGUGAGGUUAAUUUGGCUGCACUUGCUAUUGAUAGGAUUGGGAAGGGAUGUGUGGAUGAGAUAGUGGAUCCCUUUCUUGAGCCAAACAGGGAUGCUUGGACUCUUUACUCAGUUAACAAGGUGGCUGAGCUUGCAUUUAGAUGCCUUGCUUUUCACAGUGACAUGAGGCCUUCUAUGAUAGAAGUGGCAGAAGAACUAGAGUACGUCCGGCGCAGUGGGUGGGCAACAAUGGAGGAAAAUAUAUGCAUGGAAUCAUCUGCAGCAUCCUCUUGUUCAUCGCCAUAUAACGGAAGCGAGAAGUCAUUGGGAGGUGUGAUGACUAAGAAGGCCGGUAUACGAAGCCAAAGAUCAAUUGCUUCACUAAGGGUGGAUAGUUCUCUAGCUACCAUGGAGGAGGACAACGACAAGGAUAGCUCCCCUGUUUCUGUACAUGAUCCUUGGUUAAGUGAACAGAGUUCACCUUCAACAAACAGCUUAUUGGGUAAUGUAGUUCACUGACAUAAGAUUAAGACAGACUCUACUCUUUUUGUGUGCUUAGCCUCAUAUAUAUUACUAUCGUAUAAAAAAGAAUUGUUAAUAGUGAAAACCAUAGAGGUAUUUUUGUCUUG